GAAGAGUGCGUUGCGUUAAAAACCAGCCAGCAUUUGCGGUGGCUGGUCAGGGUCUAAGCGCAAAGGGAUCGAUUCGAACAGAGAAGAUGGAAGGUUGGGACCCGAACACGAAGUCGACGCUGACACAAAUCCCUUUGCUGACAACAAAGGCGGGUCCUCGCGACGGAACAGCAUGGACGCAGCGGCUGAAGGAGGAGUACAAGUCUCUCAUCGCCUACACCCAGAUGAACAAAUCCAACGACAACGAUUGGUUCCGGAUCUCCGCCGCCAACCCUGAAGGUACCCGCUGGACUGGGAAAUGCUGGUAUGUGUACAACCUUCUCAAGUAUGAAUUCGACCUCCAAUUUGAUAUCCCUGUUACGUACCCUUCCACCGCGCCGGAGCUCGAGCUUCCUCAAUUGGAUGGCAAGACCCAGAAGAUGUACAGGGGAGGGAAGAUAUGCUUGACCGUGCACUUCAAGCCUCUUUGGGCCAAAAAUUGCCCUAGAUUUGGUAUAGCUCAUGCACUUUGCUUAGGCCUUGCACCAUGGCUUGCGGCAGAGGUUCCCAUUCUUGUGGAUUCUGGUAUGAUCAAGCAUAAAGACGAUGCAGCCACAUCAGCUGAAUCUUAGUUAUUCUCUGUCUCAUUAAAGCUGUAAAAGUAGAACUCAAGUCUUUACAUUACCGGAUUCGUCCAGGGAAAUAAAAUGAGCUGUAUGAUCAAUAAUUUACAGGACCUUUCUGGUUAAGUACUUACUCUGGCAAAAUUAUUAUAUAAUGCAGAUAUGACAUGACUAAUA